CCCGGCCCCACUCACGCCCACUCAAGUCUACAAAGACCUCAACCCCAUCCCUUGCAGCCCCUUCUAACCCCUCCUCUCUAAGCUUUCUCACCUCUCUGUUUCUCCGCUCUCCUCCCCCCACCCUUCCCCUCUCUUCUGCCGAGUGCGUCUCUCUUAUCCUUAAAAGAGAGCGAGAGAUAGAGAAAAAAACGAGAACACUUUGCUCAACAAACUGGCGAUCGAUCACGAAUCCCCCUUCAAGGAGCUCAAAUUCAAGAACAGAAGGGCCAUGGGAGGAGGAGGACCGGACGACGACAGCCGGUGGCCGCCAUGGCUCCGGCCGCUGCUGUCGACCAGUUUUUUUGUGCAAUGCAAGCAGCAUGCUGACUCCCACAAAAGCGAGUGCAAUAUGUACUGCCUUGACUGCAUGAAUGGCGCCCUCUGCUCGCUCUGUCUCGCCCACCACCGCGACCAUCGCGCCAUUCAGAUAAGGAGGUCAUCCUACCAUGAUGUGAUCAGAGUGUCUGAGAUACAGAAGGUGCUGGACAUCAGCGGCGUCCAGACUUAUAUCAUCAACAGCGCCCGCGUGGUGUUCCUCAACGAGCGCCCCCAGCCGAGGCCCGGCAAAGGCGUCACCAACAACUGCGAGGUCUGCGAGCGGAGUCUCCUUGACUCCUUCCGCUUCUGCUCCCUCGGCUGCAAGAUUGUUGGGACCUCUAUUGAUCACAAGAAGAAGAAGAAGAAGAAGAAAGCAGCGGCUUCGUCGGCCUCCGACUCCGAGGAGUCGUACACCAGCACCAGCCGCGGGAGCGAGAAGAGCAAUGCAGUACAGAGCUUCACCCCGUCGACCCCACCGCCGACCGUCCUCAGCUACCGGACCGCCAAGAGGCGAAAGGGCAUUCCUCACAGGGCCCCCUUUGGUAGCCUCAUCUUGGAGUUCUAGAUUGCUCCGGUGGUGCCACGGAAUGCAUACUAGUAUAGACGUAGAAUAUACGUAUGUAAGAGAAGACAAGAACACCAACCCCAACUCUCUCUUGAUGUCAUAUAGUUCAUAGCUACAUGGGGAUAUCAUCCACGGCACUCUGUGCUUCUUGAUGGGGAGGCCGGUGCUGGUGACUCACAUCCAUGCACAGAGAAACGGAGGAGCAGAUGGAAAAUACCUCAGACAGCUCAUAGUUUAAAUAGGCUUGGAAGUGUAGCUAAACACGGAAGUGAAAGAGAAGCAAUCACAGGUUAUGGUGUUAGAUGAUAUGAAUGGACGUACGUGUUUACUACUCUCCUUAUACCGAAGUUUUGUGAUAAUAGGUUGGCUUAGCCCUGGUUAAAUGUAAAUAGCAAGGAAGACAGAAGAAUGUUAAAGAGAGAGUUUGUUGUAGCGAGGGAAAGGAGACAAUGUCCAUAAGAUGGGGAAUGUAAUAAAAUGCUCCUUAUCUACCUGUAUUGUAUGCGUUUUGGUU